ACGCCAACCCAAGCAAUUCGCUUUUCCUCCUCUAUUUUCUUCCUACCCUCCUGCAGUAAUAAGAGAUAGAAACACAAGGACAGCACUUUGAAACACCACCAUCUUUCUUUCUUUCUUUCUUUUUCUAAUAUCUUUUAAAUAUGAUCAUUACCAAAUCAAGUUCGUCACGGCGCCGAAAUUAGCUGUGGUCCUCCCAAUCUUUAUAUAUAUAUAUAUAUAUAUGCUUAUCCGGGUCUCUCUCACCCAUCCACCAUAAACAUAAACAUAAACAUAAACCUACUUUGUCUUUGUCUUUCAACAGACGAAAAAAAAAAGAUGAACUGCUUGCUAAGUUGGCCGGAGCCGGUGGUUCGAGUCCAAUCCUUGUCGGAGAGUGGGAUAAGCGCAAUCCCAGCGCGCUACAUCAAGCCCCCCUCCGACAGGCCUUCAUGGAACAACACCGCCGCCGCCACCAAGAAUUUUGAGGCGACUCGCAUUAACAUCCCAAUCAUUAACCUGCAAAACCUUUUCAGCGACGACCAGAGUCUCUGCGAGGAGACGCUGGGGCUCAUCUCACACGCUUGCCGCGAGUGGGGAUUCUUUCAGGUCGUGAACCACGGUGUGAGCCACGAGCUGAUGAGGCGCGCGAGAGAGGUGUGGCGGGAGUUCUUUCUCCUCCCGAUUGAAGCGAAGCAAGAGUAUGCCAACUCGCCGAGUACGUACGAAGGGUACGGUAGUCGGUUGGGCGUCGAGAAGGGAGCGAUUCUUGACUGGAGCGACUAUUUCUUCCUCCAUUACAUGCCUCAGUCGCUGAGGAAAGAGAGCAAGUGGCCUGCACUUCCACCAUCAUGCAGGAAAUUGAUUAGGGAAUACGGUGACGAAGUGGUAAAGCUAUGUGGAAGAUUGAUGAAGGUAUUGUCCAUAAAUCUUGGGCUUGGGGAGGAGUAUCUUCAGAAUGCCUUUGGAGGUGACAAUAUCGGUGCAUGCUUAAGGGUUAAUUUUUACCCUAAAUGCCCUCAGCCUGACCUAACUCUUGGCCUCUCCCCGCACUCCGAUCCCGGUGGCUUGACCCUUCUCCUGCCCGAUGAGAAUGUUUCGGGGCUCCAAGUCCGUAAAUUCAACGAGUGGGUCACUGUUGACCCUGCCCCAAAUGCCUUCAUCGUCAACAUGGGGGAUCAAAUUCAGGUAGUGAGUAAUGCAAUUUACAAGAGUGUGGACCACCGGGUGAUCGUGAAUUCAGCCAAAGACCGUGUUUCGCUGGCCUUGUUUUAUAACCCAAAAAGCGAUUUACCGAUUGAACCUGCCAAGGAGCUUGUGACCGAGGACCGGCCGGCGCUUUAUCCGCCGAUGACAUUUGAUGAAUACAGGCUUUAUAUUAGGACAAAGGGCCCCUGUGGCAAGGCUCAAGUUGAAUCCUUAAAAUCCCCCAGAUAAUUUCCUUUUUCUAUAUUUCUCUAGAAAGUUGGUAAUCUCGCUGGCACCUCAUUCUCAAUAAUCCUUCGUUAAAAUCUUGAAUUGAAUGGGAAGAAGCCAGAGACAAUAUAUAUUAGAGCCUCAAUUUGCCCCUCUUUUUCUUUUCUUUUCUUUUUUCUUUUUUCUUUUUUCUUUUUUUUUUUUUUUCCAUGUCAAUAAUCCAGAAAGGAAAGAAAAUGAAUGAUGUGAUGUGAGAUGUUGCUCUAAAUGUUAUGUAUACAAAUCUUUUCUUGUUUUCUUGACAAGUUGGUAGUCA